UCGAUCAAGAUCAUUUGGACUUUGACAAGUUUAACUGAUGACUCAUCUCCGUGAUUAUAGGUCAUCGCAUUAAAAGAAAUACGUGUUCAGAUGAUAAAUUUGACCACAGUGACAGAACAGAUCUGGGAUAGUAUUCUUUACAAAAAUAUAUUUCUCCUUAAUAAGAAAUCAAAUGGAAUAAAUCGUAUAUCCCAUUUUAAUAACGACUAUUAAAUAAAAAAAAAACAUGCCGGGAGUGUAUAAAUACAUAACAAUCUACUUGAUUGCUUUGUUUUUUAUCCCACCGACGAGGCAUUGCCUGAAAUAUUCGGAGAGAAGGAUAAUAGAAUUUUACAGAGGAGAAAACAUUGGGUAUAAAAAUCGAUUACAAAAUAUGGGAUACGAUUUUUUGUUCAAGAUUAUUGACGAUUUUUAUAUGUUUGCCACCAACAAACCUUGGAGCACGGAAGAAAAUGAGCGAAUUAAGCAUAUAAUGGAAGGCAAGGUAAAAAACAUUUACCUGGAUUCAAACAUAUUUUCUGCCUUUCGAAACGAUGUUUUGGCUGUUGAAGGCGAUGAAGAUGAGAGCCCAAAUACUCCUCCCUCUGCAUUUUGCCAGUGUCCUCCCUACUUUGAUGUUGCACAAGAGAUAGAUCAAACAUGGACGGAUGGUUAUACAGGACGAAAUGUCGUAGUUGCUGUAACAGACGUUGGUGUGGACAUAGACAGCCCCCGUCUUAUUGCAAAUAUUGCAUCCCAUUUGUCUUAUAACUUUGUGGAAAAUAACUCGGACCCAAGACCUAAAGUAUUUCCCGAUUAUCCGGAAAGUUUACCGCAGACAAACCAUGGGAAUGCCUGUGCAGGCCUUAUUGGUGGUAUUAAAGAAAACGACAAUUGCAGUUUAUGCGGCGCCGGGGUGGCAUUUAAUACAAAAAUCGCAGCUUUGAAAAUAGGUCGGGUCAAGAAGUUUCAUUGGGAUACUAACCCCGAAAUUACGAGUGGACGGUUUUCUGCAGCACUUAACUUCAAAAACCAAGAAAUUCACAUAUACUCAAACAGUUGGACCUUCGAUGAACCUUUUAAAAUGUUGCAGCCAUUUACCGAACGUGUUUUUGAAGCUGGAUUGGAAAAGGGUCGACAAGGGCUUGGUUCUGUCUUUGUUUUUCCAUCUGGACCUCAUGGAAAUGGAUUUACAAACAAUAUUUACACGAUUGGAGUCGCUAGUUUUGGAAUCAACGGAACUAUACCUCGAAAAAGCUUUGUUAGUUCAGCUACUCUUGUGUCAGCAUUUGGACAGGGAAGAAGAAGAAAUGACAAUGGAAUGCUGACAGUGACUCACACUAGUCUAGGUAGAUUAACCGCUAGAACGUGUGACAACAAAUUUGGAGGAUCCUCUGCAGCAACUGCUCUUAUGUCCGGAAUGAUUGCAUUGGCUUUACAGGCGAAUCCUUUACUCACUUUGCGUGAUAUAAAGCAUUUGCUCGUGGAGUCAUCAGGAUACAUCGGAUUAGCAGAGACAUCACAUUUUACAAAGAAUUGUGCGGGAAAACAUUUUCAUAAGGUGUUUGGAUUCGGUUAUGUUCAAGUGCUGAAAAUGGUUCAUCUUGCAAAACACUGA